GUCACCCGCCCCAGCCGCCCCGGCUCCCGCCGCACCAGCUGCACACUCCGGCCCCCGAGUCCCUGCGUCCCGCUCGCUCGCGGACCCCGUCCCAUCGCUCCCAGUUUCCUGACCCCCAUGAUCACAGAACAAUGACAUGAAAAGACAAUUUCUGCUGGAGCGACUGCUGGAUGCAGUGAAACAGUGCCAGAUCCGCUUUGGAGGGAGAAAGGAGAUCGCCUCGGAUUCCGACAGCAGGGUAACCUGUCUGUGUGCCCAGUUUGAGGCCGUCCUGCAGCAUGGCUUGAAGAGGAGUCGAGGAUUAGCGCUAACAGCAGCCGCGAUCAAACAGGCAGCAGGCUUCGCCAGCAAAACCGAAACAGCGGGCAAGGCAGUCAUCGUGCGGGACUGGUGGGGGCCAGUGGCACGUUGUGGUGCAGAAAUCCGUGAGCCCGUGUUCUGGUUCUAUGUGAAGGAGGUCCUCAGCAAGCAUGAGCUGCAGCGCUUCUACGCCUUGCACCACAUCGCCUCGGACGUGGGCCGCGGCCGCGCCUGGCUGCGCUGCGCCCUCAACGAACACUCCCUGGAGCGCUACCUGCACAUGCUCCUGGCCGACCACAGCAGGCUCAGCACUUUUUAUGAAGACUGGGCUUUUGUGAUGGAUGAAGAAAGGUCUAGCAUGCUUCCUACCAUGGCAGCGGGUCUGAACUCCAUACUCUUCGCGAUUAACAUCGACAACAAGGAUUUAAACGGACAGAGUAAGUUUGCUCCCACUGUCUCGGACCUCUUGAAGGAAUCCACGCAGAAUGUGACCUCCUUGCUGAAGGAAUCCACGCAAGGAGUGAGCAGCCUUUUCAGGGAGAUCACGGCAUCCUCGGCCGUCUCCAUCCUCAUCAGGCCUGAGCAGGAGACCGACCCCCUGCCCGUCGUGUCCAAGCACGUCAGUGCCGAUGCCAAAUGUAAAAGGGAGAGGAAGAAGAAAAAGAAGGUGACCAACAUCAUCUCGUUUGAUGACGAGGAAGACGAGCAGAGCUCCGGGGAUGUUUCUAAGAAGAUCCCUGGGGCGGGGGAAAGCUCGGAGGAGAACUCCGACCGCUCCUCGGUCAGUAUCAUGACGGCCUUUGAAAGCCCCUUUGGGCCAAAUUCCAACGGAAGUCAGAGCAGCAACUCAUGGAAAAUCGAUUCUCUGUCUUUGAACGGGGAGUUUGGGUACCAGAAGCUCGAUGUGAAAAGCAUCGAUGAUGAAGACGUGGAUGAGAAUGAGGACGACGUGUACGGGAGCACACCUGGGAAGAAGUGCCCGGGCCACUCGGAGUCGCUGGAGAAGCCGCUAGACGGGGGCGCCUGCCUCUCCCAGAUGCACAGCUGGGCUCCACUGCACGUGCUGCACGGCGACGCCGAUGUGCUCUUCCCGGUCAGUGGCGUGGGCGCCUACGGCCCUGCAGAUACCCCCCUCGGGAGCCUGGAGAACGGGACGGGACCCGAUGACCACGUCCUCCCGGAGCCUGGACCUCGGUACAGUGUGGAAGCCAGUCCUCCAGGCCAAGGAAGUCCUCUGAGCAGCCUGUUACCUUCUGCAUCGGUGCCCGAGUCCAUGACAAUUAGUGAACUCCGACAGGCCAUCGUGGCCAUGAUGACCAGGAAGGAUGAGCUGGAAGAAGAGAACAGGUCACUGCGGAACCUGCUGGAUGGUGAGAUGGAGCACUCGGCCGUGCUCCGCCAGGAGGUCGACACCUUGAAACGGAAGGUGGCCGAACAAGAGGAGCGGCACGUCACAAAGAUCCAGGCGUUGGCAAGAGAAAACGAGGUGCUCAAAGUCCAACUGAAGAAAUACGUAGGAGCUGUCCAGAUGCUGAAAAGAGAAGGUCAAACAGCUGAAGUUGUACCAAAUCUUUGGAAUGUUGAUGGAGAAGUUACAGUUACUGACCAGAAGCCGGGAGAAGUUGCCGAGGAACUAGCAAGCUCCUAUGAAAGAAAGCUCAUUGAGGUGGCAGAGAUGCACGGGGAGCUGAUCGAGUUCAAUGAGCGCCUGCACCGGGCCCUGGUGGCCAAGGAAGCCCUCGUGUCCCAGAUGAGGCAGGAGCUCAUCGACCUUCGGGGGCCGGUGCCUGGAGAUUUGAGUCAAACAUCCGAAGACCAGAGUUUGUCGGAUUUUGAAAUAUCAAACCGAGCGCUGAUCAACGUCUGGAUCCCAUCAGUGUUUCUCCGGGGCAGAGCCGCCAAUGCAUUCCACGUGUAUCAGGUCUACAUCCGGAUAAAAGACAAUGAGUGGAACGUCUAUCGGCGGUACACCGAGUUCAGGAGUUUGCACCACAAGUUACAGAACAAAUACCCUCAAGUGAGGGCCUACAACUUCCCACCCAAAAAGGCCAUUGGAAACAAGGACGCCAAGUUUGUGGAGGAACGCAGGAAGCAGCUCCAGAACUACCUGCGCAGCGUCAUGAACAAAGUCAUCCAGGUGGUCCCCGAGUUUGCCGCCAGCCCCCAGAAAGAGACCCUGGUCCAGCUGAUGCCCUUCUUUAUUGACGUCACCCCUCCCGGAGAACCGCUGACCAAGAACAGCCAGCCCAAAGUGGCUUCCCGCUUCCCCAAGCUGUCCCGCGGUCACCCCAGGGAGACGCGCAACGUGGAGCCCCAGAGCGGCGACCUCUGACCUCGACGGCCACCCAGACUCGGGCCCUACGUGCUGCGCCAGCUGCCUCCACCCCGGCCACGGCAGCUGGCCCCUUCCACCUCGGAGGGACACCCCUGUCCCCCCGGUGAACGCCAGAGAGCACACCUUCCCCACCGGUUCCGUGACCCCCUGAUUAAACUGGGCCGUGUGAGAGCAGGGCAGGUCCUCGCUGGACAGACGCAGACAUGUGGGCCCUGCUCUCCCUGGCCCUGCCCUGGGCCAUGAGGGCCAGCCGUUCCCCUCCCUCCAGCCCAGGGGCCGGCAGGAGGGUGGGCGCUGGGUCGGGCUCGGAGCCCCCUGGUUGAGAUGCACAAGUCUGAUGUCUCAGUUGGUCAGAAGGUUCAUCGAGAAACCACCUCUUAACUCUUUCCCACGUGGGAAUUCGAAUGACUAGUUUGUCUUUUUCCCCUGUUUAAUGUAACUGCCUGCUACAACCUAUGGACGUGAAGGGUUUGGGUGGAGGCUAGUUCCUUUCCAUGCUCUCCCCACCAGUGGUCAGUAGACACCCUAGUUCUUGCCACCAUGCUCCAGGGAGACAGUCCCGUGGCCUUCGUGUGAAGGAGCCAUGAGAGGGAUGCGGAACUGUGGUUCUUGGAGAACUUCCCUACCUCCUUAUGGUUGGUUCUGGAAGGACCAGCCCCUGUAGGAAACCUGAGGCCCCCUGGGCCCAUGUGCACCUGGUCAGGCCAGCCAUCAGCAGCCACCCAGUGACCCGUAUUGGAGAGCCUGGGCUAUCCAGGAGUCGGUGGCCCUGGCCUCGAAAGCCUAGAGGAGAGCCCUCAGGCUGUUAGAGACUCGGCUCCGGGAAGCAUUCCAGAAGGUUCUGUGGGCCUCGGGCUUUCAGACCUGGCCCCGGGGCUCCGAGGAGCUCAGCGUGGCUCUCUGUGAACUUGGACACAAGUGUCCCCUCUGCACAGGUCAUGAUCAUGCCCUAAAGACGAGGGUGUGCGGCACAGCCUCUGCCGGCCAGCGCGCUGUCCGUGGGAGCAGGGCCCUGCGUGCCCCUGAGACCACUGCCUCUGCUCCUCCCAUUCAGAGCGGGGCCCCCCGGCAGGUGGAACAGGAGGAGGAGCAGCGGCAGGUCGCCCCAUGGGACCAGAGCCAUUUGGCCAGAAUCAUGGAACUCUCUCCCACCCCGGGCAAGAGCCAAUCUCAGCUGCUGAUA